AUGGAUGGCGGCCAGCCGCGUGCCCCGAAGCCGGCCGGCGGCCCGGUGAAGCACAGCGCACACGAGACGGCAGCCGUGCCCACACCAACCGUUGGCAAGGCUGGAUCGCCAGCGCAGCACACCAGCCAAAGUGCUCUCGACACAAAAGCGCCGACCUCGACCGACCAGUCUCAACCGGGCAGCUCACCCGCUACCGUGGGGAACAAUGCCCAGCGCAUUAUCAAACGCCGUUCGCCUGUUGCCUGCCGCAGAUGCCGUCGAAUGCGCAGCAAAUGCGUGCACAAUGGCGCCAAACCGCCCUGCGAAGGUUGCCGCGCAGCCGGUGUGAGCGUAGAGGAAUGUGUUUUUCCCGCACGUGGCGCGCCGGAUAUGGAUCGCGAGUAUCGUCACCCGCGCAUGAAGGGCGACAAGGCCCGGAAGGAAAGCACUCGCACACACCGAGCCCAGUUGGUAGGCGGCACGAUAUCCUCCUCACCUCCGGGAGGCGGCAGCAGAUCGAUUUACCCUAAUGGAACGAUUACAAUUGACGGGGGUUUGCCUCUACCUGCCGAUCCAUGGGAUCUCUUACCACCACUGGAGCAGGUCAUUGACGCAGUCGACAUGUUCACGCGCCAGUACUUUCAGCUUGGAUUCAUCCCACGCCAUACGUUUGUGCAGCAAUUGCGCGAGCAGCCCCAAUCUGUCAGCGUGUUUCUGCUAUUGAGCUUGCUCAGUGUCUCAGCGCGCAUGACACCUUCGUUGGUCGAGACUCAUGGCGGCGCCGGUCCCACGGCCGAACUCUUCAUGGACCGCGCGUCAGCUAUUGCCCUCACAGAGCUGUACCAGGAACCGACCCUGGCGCGGUGUCAGGCGUUCUACCUGCUCAGCCUGGCUCAACAGGGCAGCGGCUACCGCAACCGAAGCUUCGUCAACCUGGGCAUUGCCUUGCGUAUGGCCAUCCUAAUGCAACUGCACCGUGAGGAGACGUAUGCACUCGAGGACCGAACACCGGCGAUGAUACAAAAGGCCGAAUCUGCCCGUCGAACCUUGUGGAUGCUCUACAGCCAAGAUAAUUUGCAUGCCGGCCCAAUGGCUACCAUAGCACUUGCCCCAAGCGAUAUCACCACCUUAUUGCCCAGCAACGAGGAGGAUUUCAAUAAUGGUGUUUUGCCUGCAUCCCGCGCUGCACUUGAAAACACCUCACCAGCAAAACUAGAGUCUGACUUGGUGAAUAUGCCGACGAGGUCUCUCUUUGCUACACUGAUGCAGAGCCACCAGCUAUGGGGCAUCGUGUUGCGCCGUACAGUUAGCAACAACCGAAGCAUGGUGUUGCCCUGGGAUCCCAAUAGCGAGUACCAAAAAAUCAAGCAGAAGCUCAGCGAUUGGGAAAGCCAUUUGCCGGCAGAGCACCGCUGGAGCCGAACGUUGUUGCGAGAUUACAAGGCCCGGGAUCUGGACUUGCAAACUAAGACCAUCUGGCAGGCAUACGUGGCCGUGACUAUGGUUACCCGUCUUUGCAAUAUCCUGAUACGAAAGGCCUAUCUUCCGCUUAUGCUUGUGGAAGGUAGAAUAAAGAAACACACGGAGUUCUGGAGGACUAUGUCAAGCGAGCUCUUCUCGAAUGUGAAAGAGCUGUUUACGCAGAUCGACUGCUGGAUUGAAGAACGGGAACCUGGUGACGGCACAGGUGCACAGCUGGCGAUAUUCUGUGUCUAUAGCUGUGGACUGAUGGCCGCGUAUCUGUACAAAUACCCCAAGUGUGAGUUGGUAGCCCACCAUACAACUUUUCAAAAUGAACCGAGUCUAACCUCAAACGCAGUGUGUCCUGAUGCGGCAAUCACUCGAGAGGGCAAACACAUGCUUGACCGAACAAUGAGUAUCCUGACUCAAAGCACGAGCGUGUGGCCGCUCGCCCGGCGCUGGAUAGACUCUGUUGAGAAACUCCUCGCAGCCGAUACUAAGACUUUGUCGAUGAUAUCAAAUUCUUCUCACGAGGGGGGCAUGGCUGAAGGUAAAGAUCCUAUCCCGUCGGCGCUGCAUCCGCCUCUGGCUAGUCUAGCACCUUCCGGGCCAUCAAAUACACCUUUCGAUGACCGUCGGCAACUAGCCCGACAACUCGGCGCCGACAGCCCGCACGCGCGGUCGGCCAGCCCCUCUGCAGGCGGCAACAUAAGCAAUGGCUCUGGCGGCGGUGCGAACGGCACGGGCCAUGGCUCGAUUCAAUUGCCGCACUUCCGACCAGAUGCCUCGCUGAUUAAUUCACCCAUGCGGCUCCCUCCACCACAGCCGUCGCCCAACCUCGUCACGAAUACGGCAUCCGCAGCAGCGCACUAUGCGACUGCGCCGUCCACACUACCAUCGACACUGGUGCUCCCACCGCCAGCACCACACAACCUCCAGUUGGGAGGUGGGGGCAUGCGAACGCCAACGUCAUUUGCCCAGGGACAAAGUACACCGAAUAUGCAACACCAAAAUCACCAGCAUCAUCAGCAAUCACCAUCCCACCAGGGUACCGAGAUCAUGUCUCCGAACGGCAAUGCAAUUGCCAGCAUGGCCAAUCCACUAGCGGCGGUGCAGUCGGGUGUCGCGUCGACGCUGCCCCAGCUCCCUUCCAUGCCUCAAGCCUCCCAUGCACACCCGGAUGGUCACAGCAACAAUUUUAUGAUGCAGAGAUACGACAAGGCCUCCACAAACACGUCGGAAGAGGCAGAAGCAGCCGCCGUUUUAGCUGGCGGCAUGGUAUCCCACGGCGUUGUGGGCUAUGGUGCCAGCCAACUGCACCAGCAGCAGCAGCAGCUGCCACCGCAGCAUGACAAUCCUUACGUUACGCAACACCUCUCUGAGCAGGGUCACGGCGUCCAUACGGACCCUCUCAACGUCAACGACAUGUCCAUGAUGACGCAAAUGCCGUCGGUCGGGUUUUACGAGCAGACGAUGAUCCCCGAGUUGCCCGACGAUGGCUACCAGGGCGAGUUGCAAUACUUUACGGAGGGGCCGGGGCUGCAAGCGGGCUCGACGUGGGCUACAAAUAGUGUUUUUGGAUUUUAG